AUCUCCAUUUCUUUUCAUUCAUUUUUAAUGCCUUUGUGAUCGUUGAUAUGGACCAACCUUUUCUUUAAAAAAGAAUGGAGAGGAUGAUAUUACAAUGUGUGUUGCAUUAUUUUAGUGAGACAAGUAGUACUACAAAUGUACUAGUAAGAAUAGGUGCAUCCAAUUGAUAGGGAAAAAGAGGGAAGUGAGAUAAAUUUGUCUGCAUUAAUAUUGGAUCUCAAAAGUACAAAUUGUAUGAUUGUAACCUCAAUGAUUGAGUUUUAAUCGCUGAUUUGAUUAGUAGUCUCGCAUCAGAUACUAAUUGUAGCUGUACAUUAAAUACAUGUACCAAAACUUUGAGACUAGGGAGAAGGCAGCCUUAUCAGAUUGCACCAUGUCUGUGGAGAGCUCUGCGGCCCAACUCCAAAGGCCCAUCAAGGAGAUGGGCGGGGCUCCGGCUUAUAAGGAAAUGGAGGAGAGCUAUGUCGAAACUUGGACCAGCACGGCGUUGACGUAUGCUGGAACAUGCAGGGAAGCUUUUGAUAGGAGUAAUAUGAAUGGAAAUGUGAAGAUAUUAGUUCAACGCAAAAUAGUGAGGCUGAUAACAACAAUGAGUGGUUGUGCAAACAUGGCUUCUCUCUUCUCCCUCACCCAUUUUAAGCUUGAUUACUAGGGAUUAUCCUUCUCUCCCUUGGCGAGAGGGCCUCUGGGGAUGUUCUUAACUUGGUUGAGUGUUUGGUUUAUGUUAUUUUCUUUCGUUAGGUUUUCUUCCUUGUUUGUUUUUGCAGGUGUUUUGAUCGUCUCUCUCGAAUUUUCUUCUUUACCGUUUCUAGCAUGGUCAGUGACGUCUCUUAAUCUCAGGAUGGGGAUCUAAUGAGGUCAGAGCUUAAGGAAAACGAACAAGUCAUGGCGGAUGUGGACAUGAAUGAAGUGCAAUCUUCUGAUGAAGUAACCAUCUUGACACCACCGAAACCCUUCUCCUUCCGUGAUGGUGUUGAUGGCUCAAAUCUAUGGUUCAAUGAAACAAAAAAGAUUAAGGAGACUACGUUAGAAUGGGAAGAUCAACAUGUUGAUCCACCAGAUACAGCCAAAUCUGUGGAUUUCAAUAAAGAAGUUCUUGAAAAAUUAAGGCAACCAUGAAACUUAACAUUUACGGGGAAGUGCCUAGGGAUUGCUGUUAGACCCGCAUUCAUCACCCAACGUGUACGAAUUAUGUGAAGACCAAAAGGUAGCCUCGAAGUUAUUGACCUUGGUCACAAUGUUUUCUUAUUUAGGUUCUCUCUAAUUGAUGAUUACAAAAGAGCGCUCCUUGGGGGGCCUUUGGUUUAUUCUCGAUCAUUAUCUAAUGAUCACUAAAUGGAAGCCUAAUUUUAGGCCAUCCACAAAUCCUUUUGAUAAAAUUACGAUGUGGAUCCGAUUUCCAGAAUUGCCUGUAGAAUACUACGAUAAGCAGGCCUUAUUCGAAAUUGCAAAAAUAAUCGGCUCUCCAAUAAGAGUGGAUUACGCCACGGAUUACCUAACAAGGACAAGGUACGUUCAUGUUUGUCUUGAUAUUGAUUUUAAUAAAGCUUUAAUUACUUCGGUUUGGGUGGUAAAUCAAUGGAAAAAAAAUUGAUUACGAAAACAUCCAUUCACUAUGUUUUCUUUGCGGAAAAAUUGGACACUCAAAGAUAAGUGUACAAUCCAAGAUUCGGAAAAUGAAGGCAAGAUCCAUGAAGCCAAUCAACGGCCUCCACAUCAACCACUACUAACCACCCGUUGACUUUGCAAAACAAGCAAACUUUAUACCAAAAAGAACCCUCUUCUGAUCCAAAUAAAACCAACGAAGAUAUGGGCCAUGAUCCAGGUGAGUAUGGGCCUUGGACAAUGGUUACAAACAAAAAAUAAGCCACACCAAAUAAAUCCAACUUACAAAAAUAAACCCAACCCCAAAAAAAUAGUGUACCCAAUUUUGAUACGUAAAGCUCAAAAUAAAGCAAAAACUAUUUCCCAUGGAAAUAAAUGGACCUUAUUGGAGAAGGAAGAUAUGGAGAGCAAAAUGACUGAAGCAUAUGAAGAGUUAAAUCUUGAAACAUCCAAUGAAGGUACUUCCACAGAGAUUUUAAGCAUGUUCCCAUGUGCAAACUCUUCUUCUCCCCAAAGCAUCACCACAUGGAAGAUGCCAAAAUGGUGAGCGUUGUGACCCAAUUACCUUCCGUUCCUUCAUCUUCUCCAUCUAACCUGCCUUCAAAUACUCCUUUAUUUCCUUCUUCCCUUCACACCAAUUCCAACAGAAAAAAAACCAAACUCAGAAAGCAAAAACUCCAAGAAUUCUAACAAUGGAAAAUCAACGCAAGGUUUAUCAAACACGGAAAAAAUAUCUUUAACGCCGAUCAUCAAGGAUUCUUCAGAGGGGAGACAACUUACCCCAACCUCCGCUCUCAACCUCUAAAACCUCAAUCACUAGAUACUUCUGUUCCUCCCCCCAAAACACCAAUUCCACCUCCAUCACCACCUCUAUCAUCAACGUACCCCUCCACCUCCAUCACUUCGUCACUUCUCGCCUAUCCCAAACCGCUUGACCUCCUUGAACAAGUCAUCAUCCCUCUACUUUCGUCACACAUUCCCCCCAUUCCUCAAUCUUGCCCACCAGUAAACAAUACCAUACCACCUCCAUCGACAACCUAUCGGCGUCGAUAUGACUCCGCCAACUCUAGAGAAGAUUCUCUAAUGCACAACUCGCUUCUCCAACUCCAGUCAAUGUAGACUUCCAAGCUACACCAACGACUGAGAAUGCUCACCCACAUUCUAUAGUUUGCACCCUUAUCUUCAAUCCCCGAUAAAAAAACCAGUCAACCGUCCCUUGCUGUCAAGGACAUCCGAGCUAAAUCUCGAACUGCCCGUAAACCUUACAACCACAUACACGGUGCUAAAGGGUGUGCUGGGGAUUCAUAUAGAGAUAUUCUAUUGGGGAGUGGCAACGAAUGCACCGAAGCAUAUUUGGGGACUAACAACUCCACUGCAGAUGAAAGAGAUUCAUCAGAUGGAACAAUCCCACAAUUGGAAGGAUUGGGAGCAGUACUUUCCUUCAAUUCCUCUCAGUGAUAUUUCUGCCUCAAUUGAUAAGGCUCCUCAAUCGCUCGAUAUUGACAUGAAGAUGGUUGUAUGGAACGUUUGUGGGGCCUCAAAGGACGAGUUCAUGCGCAUGCGUGGGACAUUAUCAGCAAUCACAAGCCUUCUAUUUUCAUCAUCCUUGAGACUAAGAAUGGAGAUGAAAGAGCCAAGAUUGUGGGAAAAUUUAUGGGUUUUGAUGAAGUCCUAAUGGUCCAGCCAGAGGGGAGACGUGGAGGUAUAUGGGCUUUCUAUAAUCCUAAUAUGGCUAGUUUAAUUGUUCACAAUGAAAAAACCCCCCAUUACUCUCAUGCUCUUUUAAAAAUUAACCCUAAUCUGUCCGAGGUUCUCAUUACUGGAGUCUAUGCCCCAAGUACUAGUGCCAAACGUCACGAGCUUUGGCCAGAGAUCAAAUCUUCCCUUCCACCUUCUGAUACUCCCUGGUUAGUAUUGGGAGAUCUUAAUGUGGUGACAACCCAAAUUAAAAAGUUAGGGGGUGGGAGGUUUAAUAGUAACCAGUGGGAAGACAUGAAGAUGCUGGGGGAUACGGCGACCCUGGUUGAUAUGGGAUUUCAAGGGAAUCCGUACACCUGGUCGAAUUCUAGAGAAGGUUUUGGCCUAAUUAGAGAGAGGCUUGAUCAUGCACUAGCAAAUCCAACUUGGAUGAAUACCUUCCCCAACACUCAGAUCGACAAGGAGCAGGCUACUACAACGUCCUCCAACCCCAUUCCAGCCAGAGUUUGGUCUCUCCUUAAAAGAAUUUUUACAAGCUCAACACAUAUGGUUCAUGGAUUUCUAUUAAUAAUGCUGUAGGAGGUGGUAUUAUUUGCUGUGAUAAAGGGACAUGGAAGAUUGGUUUCUCUGUAAAGUUCAAAACUCUAGGUCCUACAUCUUCUAAACUGAUGGCCAUCAAAGAAGGAUUGAUCAUUUCCUAGAAGAGGAAGAUCACGAACCUGGAGUUGGAAACUGAUGCGCGAACUCUUAAACACAUGUUGGACAAUCCUCAAGACUAUCGUGAUCACCAAUUGGCUCCUCUAAUCAUUGAUGUGGUUGCUCUGCUUAAAAGAAAUUGGAAGGUAAUCGUUCUGCAUGUCAAAAGAACUGCAAAUAAAGUUGCGCAUGGACUAGCUGGCAUUGGCAGAAUCAUGGAUGUGGAACGUACUUACCAUUUCCAACCACCAUAGACGGUUGAGGAGUGUUAUUUUAAUGAGCUUCCCCCUACUAUGGAUGAUUGACCUCUCCUGCCCCAUCAUCGUUAAACUCUUAAUGUUUACAUGGUUGUUCUACGACUUCUCUUUAGUUUGUUAUUUUUGCUCUCAUAAACUAUUUUCUCUACCACUAGGGAUUUGGCAUGCAAAGUUUGUACAAUAGUCAAUCAUCUACCUUCUUUUGCGUAGUCUUCCACCCUAUUCAUAGAUGGCCUUUUUUUGUUUGAUGCAAGCUUGGAAGAAUUAAAUAAAAGUUAACAAAAAUUACUUUCUUCACUGUCUGUAUUAUAGUUUUCCAUGGCUGUUACUUUGCUAAGACUGUAGCAAACAUUAUAACUCCUUUGGGGGUUAUGGUUCUCUAAGUUAAUGCAAUA